CAGUGAUAAAGUGCUCCAACCAGACGCUGGCAUGUAGCGGAGGAGAGGCGGGGGUCAGCAUGUGCGCGUCGGUCAAGCACAGCACCCGGGGUCCCGCCCUCAUCCCGAGGAUGAAGACCAAGCACCGCAUCUACUACGUGGCGCUCUUCUCCGUGGUGCUGCUGGGGCUGCUGGCCACGGGCGUGUUCCAGUUCUGGCCGCACUCCAUCGAGGCCUCGGGCGACUGGGCCGUGGAGAAGCGCAGCGCCGCCCUGCCCGUGGUCAGGCUGCCCAGCGACAGCCCGGUGCCCGAGCGCGGAGACCUCAGCUGCAGGAUGCACACCUGCUUCGACGUCUACCGCUGCGGCUUCAACCCCAAGAACAAGAUCAAGGUGUACAUCUACUCCCUGAAGAAGUACGUGGACGAGCUCGGCGUGCCGGUCAGCGACACCAUCUCGCGGGAGUAUAACGAGCUGCUCUCCGCCAUCGCGGACAGCGACUACUACACCGAGGACAUCAGCCGCGCCUGCCUCUUCGUGCCGUCCAUCGACCUGCUGAGCCAGCACGCGCUGCGCAUCCGCGAGACGGCGCAGGCCCUGGCGCAGCUCUCCAGGUGGGAUCGAGGCACAAAUCACCUGUUAUUCAACAUGCUGCCUGGAGGUCCCCCAGACUACAACACGGCCCUGGAUGUCCCCCGAGACAGGGCGCUCUUGGCUGGUGGUGGCUUUUCUACGUGGACCUACCGGCAAGGCUACGAUGUCAGCAUUCCUGUCUACAGCCCGCUGUCCGCUGAGGUGGCUCUCCCGGAGAAAGAACCAGGUCCCCGGCGAUACUUCCUCCUGUCCUCGCAGAUGGCUGUCCAUCCUGAGUACAGAGAAGAGCUCGAAGCCCUGCAGGCCAAACAUGGAGAGGCCGUGCUGGUCCUGGACAAGUGCACCAACCUCUCCGAGGGUGUCCUUUCUGUCCGCAAGCGCUGCCACAAGCACCAGGUCUUCGAUUACCCCCAGGUGCUGCAGGAGGCGACUUUCUGUGUGGUCCUGCGUGGAGCUCGGCUGGGCCAGGCGGUACUGAGUGAUGUCCUGCAGGCUGGCUGUGUCCCAGUUAUCAUCGCAGACUCCUACAUCCUGCCUUUCUCCGAAGUCCUUGACUGGAAGAGGGCAUCUGUGGUGGUCCCGGAAGAGAAGAUCGCCGAUGUGUAUAGUAUCCUGCAGAGCAUCCCGCGCAGACAGAUCGAGGAGAUGCAGAGACAGAAGUGGAGCAGUGUGAGCAACCCGCUCUUCCUGCCGCUCAUCCCCCCGCAGUCGCAGGGCUUCACCGCCAUCGUCCUCACCUACGACCGAGUGGAGAGCCUCUUCCGGGUCAUCACCGAGGUGUCCAAGGUGCCCAGUCUGUCCAAGCUGCUGGUCGUCUGGAAUAAUCAGAAUAAAAACCCUCCGGAAGAUUCUCUUUGGCCUAAAAUCCGGGUUCCAUUAAAAGUCGUGAGAACCGCCGAAAACAAGCUGAGCAACCGCUUCUUCCCUUACGAUGAAAUCGAAACUGAGGCCGUGCUGGCCAUCGACGAUGACAUCAUCAUGCUGACCUCCGAUGAGCUGCAGUUUGGCUACGAGGUCUGGCGGGAAUUUCCUGAUCGGCUGGUGGGCUACCCGGGCCGCCUGCAUCUCUGGGACCAUGAGAUGAAUAAAUGGAAGUACGAGUCAGAGUGGACUAAUGAGGUGUCCAUGGUGCUCACGGGAGCAGCUUUUUACCACAAGUAUUUUAAUUACCUGUAUACCUACAAAAUGCCUGGGGAUAUCAAGAACUGGGUGGAUGCGCAUAUGAACUGUGAAGACAUUGCCAUGAAUUUCCUGGUAGCUAAUGUCACAGGGAAAGCUGUCAUCAAGGUGACCCCACGGAAGAAAUUCAAGUGUCCAGAGUGCACGGCCAUCGACGGGCUUUCUCUGGACCAGACACACAUGGUGGAGAGGUCUGAGUGCAUCAACAAGUUCGCUUCAGUCUUCGGGACGAUGCCUCUCAAGGUGGUGGAGCACCGAGCAGACCCCGUGCUGUACAAGGACGACUUUCCUGAGAAGCUGAAGAGUUUCCCCAACAUCGGCAGCUUGUGACGCGCGCCGGGCAGGGGUCCGGGGAGGCGCUGGCAGGACGGGGCUGGGGCCCCCGGCACUCACCAUGGGGCGGUGGAAGGUUGACAGACCGGGUGCCUCCAGAAGGGUGGGGAGCCCCCACGGCACACUCCGGGUUCCCGGACUCACUAAGCGGAAGAAAGCCACUGAGGCACCUUGUAGGCCGCCUGACCUCCCCGUAUCCCGGGAGGGAGGAGGUGCCCACACCUCCCGCAGUUCAUAUCUCUGAGUCUUCGGAGGAGCAGCCAAGCCGGAAGGUGCAGGAGCCAGCGCCUCUCUAGGGUCAGUCUGUGCCUUCUGGCCUGGCACUGGGCGGGCCAGGCGCCUGUCAGUCCCUCAGCCGCUCUUUUACGGGUGGUGUUUUGAUAUGAUUAAAGUAAUUUUUUACUCCUUUUUCUGCUGUGCUUCAAACGCUGAUUCUUGGGAUACCAAGGAACCAUCCCUGUUGGUGUAUUUAACUCCACUUUCUGGCCUCGCAACAGCAGUCUGGACAGACACAGCCAGGAGGAAGAUGUGGUCCCACGCGCAUCGAGGGGACGGAGGUCCCAAAUCAUAACCAUCCCUUCUCAGUGCGGACGACUCCGGACGCCCCAAGGGAAUCCAUGUGAUUGCUGCUAGGGUCCACUCACUGGUUUACAGGGGUUCUGGGGAAAGCAGGGCCUCUGAUAGCCAUGUACUGAGUUGCCCUAGCGGGUACCGUAUUAUAAAAGUUGAGUUGUGACCCCCGCCCCCCAUAGAGGAUGCCAAAAUUUCCCUCAUUCUUUGUAACAUUAGCCAGGGAGGCUCUGGCUAACGUUAAAUGCUGCUAUAACAACCACUCUGCAACAGUUGCCGGUAUAUUUAAAUCAUUAAAUUUCAGCAUUUAGUAAUACUGCA